AUGUCUGCAAGUGCAUCCGAUAUUAUCACUUACAUUGGCGUACCCCUUGCCGUUCUGGGCGUCAUGCCCAUCAUAUACACCUGCAUUCGUGCCCUCCUCAUUCUCCGAUCCAUCCGCCUCGCCCUGGCGCGAAACGGCCAUUCCGACUCUGCCGUAACAAGAGGCAGCAUGAUGUCUGGAAUCGUCGAAGUAGAGCUGCCCCGAUGCACAAUCACCCCUCUUGACCGUGACCAGGACCCCGAGUACUGGGAGUUGAACCCGGAGCGGUCAUUUCUGAAGGGCGGGACCUGGUCGUACUUUCACUGGAAUCGCCUCGUCACGGGCAAGAAACUGUAUCGGAUUCAAUACAAGGAUGAAUUGAGGGUCCCGCAGGCGGAAAUUGAUUUUCAUGAAUUGGUUUCUUUCUUGCUGGAUCGUGGCGCGGUGCCUGACGAGAAUGGAUGGAGUAUGCUGCGGACGAGUGGGUUAUGGACACCGACUGGGACGGUUCUCUUGCGCCCACCCCAGGGAAAGUUUGGUGGUGUGUUGCGCGUUGGAGUUUCGGAUGAUUCCGAUGGAGUGCUAAGUUUGAAAGUUCAUUGGAGCGGUGACUGGGAUUGGCGUAGUAAAGAAUGUCUGCCGCCUUUCUGGAUGAGAAUCAACCAGCCAACUUGGAAUUUAGCUACAAGUACGGGUUUGGAGAAGGAGGAUUACAAGUCUGGUGCCUGCAUUAUCAAAGUGGAGGAAGAAUCGUCGAGCACAGCCGCUGACAGCAAAGUUAUGGUUGCAGACACGCCCGUGGUAGAGGAGACAGAAGUCAAAAGCACAGAAGAUAGCGACGAGGCCGAUAAAAGCACAGAUGCUGCGCCUAUGCCUUCACUUAUUGCUUUGGUCGAAGAAAAAAGAGUUGCGCUACAUGGCGAAAAAAACACUAGUGACAGCAUCAGGUUUCGUCUUGAAGGGGACACCAUUGACCGGAUAUACUUUGAACACUCCAACUCACUCACAUCCAUGGUUCGGGAAAUUAGCUCUACUGGCGAGAUGACCGGUCAAUGGUUUGUGCAUCAUGCAGGAACACGAGUUGCCACACUGGUCGACCCCAAAACCAAGCUUCAGUGA